GUCGCUUUCGCUAUUUCUUCGUCGUUCGUUAUCGUUUUUGUAGAAGCAUUCGUGCGUACGGGAUGUGACUGAAAAUACUCCACAUCAAUGCGGAAAUACAUUUAUUGUAGCUCGUUCCACCUUUUUUUCUCACUAAAGGAAUCGACUUUAUCCGUAUGCUGCCACGUGCUCCUGAGUAGCGAUUUGGUCUAGUCACUUUCCGAUCCGCCCAGCAUGGGUCGCGCGGGGAUUCAGAUCGGGCAAGGGAUUAUUGCGGUGGCGAUACUCCUUGGCAUCGUAACCCUGUUUCUGCCCUGGUCUGCACAGCAAAUGAUCUCGGGAAACGGUAUGAUUGUGUUUCUUUCUGAUGCAAUGCAGCGUGCGAGCACGUAUCAUGAAACUCCUUGAGAACUACAAUGCAGCGUGCGGCCACGUAGCGGUAUAAAUAUGUCUACGAAAUCCUUGAAAGAAAAAUAUUCUUGAAACAACAUCAAUCAGGCUUCGAGACCGCGAUCUUUUACCUUCACCGCAUCUAUCUGAAUUCGAGCUUCAGUAUCGGGUCCAACCUAAUGGAAGCCAUGAAGGCGCGGGGCUACACGAGACAUCCCUGCGUUGGCGGACCAAGUUCCAAAAUGACAAUCGGAGGGCACGAAAUGACGCUGCACACCUGUUGGAGUGUACUUAUUAUUUUCUAAAGCAAUUUACUAUUUCGACGUCACCGGGUUUUUUUAAAGAUGAAAAGUGAUGCGCUAUUGAGGAUUUGGAGUUCUUUCGAGGGAGUUAAAGCAUACGCUUAAGUGCUUCUCCCACCUCGUCUCCCUCCCCACACACAGAUACCAACUUGGAAAGCAGCGCUGCACGGUAGUUCAACGGCAGCCUUGACAAACGUGGACGCGACGGGAAUCCUGGUAGGGGGAAUCCUGAGCGGGGAAAACCAGAUGAUGGCGGUGAUGUACGGCGGGGUCGUCGCCUUUGUCAUGGCCCUGGGCUGCAUUGUCGGGAACCUUGCAUGUAUCCUCUUCAUUGGCCACUACGCAAACAGCCGCGCUUCGGCAAAGACCAGAAAAUUGGCCAGUCUUAUGCUGGUAUGAAAAUGCAAGUUACUUCUCUUCUCGUAGAUGAUUUCCUAGAAAAAUUGAAUUGGAUCAAAUUCUACUCCCGUCUUUCGCUUGAUGUUUCGUGCCGCUCUUGAUCAUUUGAAUUCCGGAGCCGGAAGCAGGCGGGAACAAGAUCAUUAUCCCGAGAAAUAAGAUAUUAAAAAAAUGCGAAAAACAAAAUUUUCAGAAACUGUCGACCAUGCUCGGGUUUACGACGGCUGUAGUUUACCUUCUUGCCGUGAUGAUCAUGAGCAAAGAACGCGGCGGGCUGUUCGGGAUGUUCUCCUCCGAGUCGGCCGUUAUCCCGCGGGAGGGGUUUUUUGUCUUCUUCUGCGUCUGCGGGGUGAACUUGGUAGCUAUGGGGGCUUCCAAGUACUGGAAAUCGGACACCAGCGAGUUUUUGGUAUCCUCUGCAAAGAAAGUGAGCCACAAGUUGUGCACAACUUGAUUCUGGGACGAAGAUUGAUGUCAGCAUGAGUUGUAAAACAUGAUAACUAGUAGUAGUAUCCCGCACAUCAGGAAGUGGUCAUGAAUACAGAAAGUUAUGCAGAUUUGUCUACUAUCUCUGUUUAGGGUGGACUUGUGUAGAAAAUGAAGUUUGCAAUGCAUAUUUCACGGCGAAGGACAAAUUGCGGAAAAACAUGGAUCUGAUGGCGGCUUCGGAAUCGGAGGACGACUACGACGACUGGACUCCGUAUUACUAAAAUGCCUCUGAUGCGGAGCGUUGCUGUCAUGCAGAUUGUGAGUCUCGAGUUUGGAGGGGCUUACUUUGCUGACCUUCAGAAAUUUAUUUGAUUAUCGUUGAAAUUGCUGUAGUAUUAUCGAGAAGGAAUCUUUGAAAAGUGGUAUUGGAAUCCAAGAUAAAAUUAAUUUGCUCAGCAGGCAACUCAUUGGCAUUUUUGAGGAAGAAAUUAAGCCAGACCCGUUUCGUAAAUAAACUGUAUAAAAUUUUUCGAUGGCACAAUGACCCGCCAGCGUUACUACGUCGACCUUGUACAUGAGAUUUCAUCCGUUUGAAUAGUUUGUACGAAUGUUUUAGUGUCGCGAGCAUGUCACGGACUGCGGUGAGACUCCUAUCAAAAGAUACACGUGCCUGUAAAUAAAGACACUAAAACUUGUAUUCACAGAACGACAAGAAUACCACGUGAUUGCGACAG